AUGUGGAAGAAAUUGAAGGAGUUAUAUGAGAGGAAGAAUGUGAAAAACAAAGCAUUCUUGAUUUGGAAGCUAGUCAAUAUGAAAUAUAUUGAAGGUAAAUCAAUGCCGGAGCACUUGAGCAUAUUCCAGGAGACCGAUGAAAAUUAUGUGAAUCUUGUAUGUGAUGAUUCCACUUGGAUUAUGAACUCUAGUGGCUCAUGUCAUGUCACUCCGAGGCGUGAAUUUUUCACUUCUUAUACUGCUGAAAAUUUUGACAAGAUCAAAUUGGGAGAUAAAGGAGUGUGUGAUAUCGGGUAUUGCACUUCUUUUGGUAGUGAAAAAUGCAAGAUUACCAAAGGGGCUCUCAUUGUGGCUAAAGAAGACAAUAGUCUCACUACUCUCUACCAGUUGCAAGCAAAGUUGUGCAAAGAAGAGACAGGAACCCUAAUGGCUACUCGUGGACAAGGUCGGUCACCUAUACGGAGAGAUUAUGAGAGUAACCCGUCGAUGGAUAAUCACGCUGAACUUAUGGUGGGGAUGACUAACUUAGCUAACACGAUUCAAGCGGGCACUGCUAUGGCUACUCAUGCUUUGCGACAGACAAGGCAAUCAGUCGGAGGCGAAAAUGAAGAAGGUGCUGAGGAUGUUGAAGCAGACAACUGGUUCAAAGCGGUGGAGGGUGCAUUACAGACUCAACAAGUCCCGAGUAAUCAGUUUGUGGAAUAUGCGGCAUAUCAACUAAUGGGAGAAGCUCAACAAUGGUGGCAAGGAGAGCGUCGACUGCUACACCUACAGGAGGUGGACAUUACACGGGCAUUAUUCCAGGAAGCUUUCUACAAAAAGUACUUGCAUGAAUCCUUAAGGGAGGCCAAAGAGUUGGAGCUCUUGUAG